AUGAUGCAAGAAAUGACAUCAAAGAAGACAUCACUCCUUACCACAGAUGACGGCAAUGAAGACAAUAGAAAACAGUCUCAAUUCAAUCCGAAGAACUCAAUGGACAGAUUAGGUGAUGAAUUGUAUGCAUUUCUGUUGUCUUAUCUCACAUUUGAAGACCGAUUCCGAUUAGAAUGUGUGUCCAAACAGUUCCAGAGGACAGUCUUCAAGAGUGUUGUCGGCAUUACUCUUAACGAUAGACUUAUGGAUAAAACCAAGAAACGAAAGACAACUCUAAAGCAUUUACAACAGUUGAAAGACUUGAAGGUAUCAUUCGUGACGCCAACGAAGACAUUACGCUUUACCACAGAUGACGGCAUUGAAGACAACAUUCAACAACCACAAAUGUAUGCGAAGAACUCAAUGGACAGAAUCUGGACCGAUUCAGUGGCCGGCACUUCAAGAAGUGAUAAUCACAUAAACUAUAGCACAAAGUGUGAUGCGAUGGUCACCGAAGUUAGUGUUAUUAGUGGACGUAUUAGUGAUGAUAGCGAUCGCAUCACUCCUGACAAUCACACCAAUAAUACCUCUUAUAUUACCGAUUCGAGCGACCAGUUGUUGUUAUCGACGGUCAGGUCUUCAUCACUGGACCUUCAGAUACAACUACUGAAAAGAUGUGAAUUGAUUACUGAGUCCGAAGUGAAGAGUCUUUGUCUCAAAGCCAAGGAAAUACUGGUCAACGAGUCUAAUGUCGACGCACCCGUCAAUGUGUGCGGUGACAUUCACGGCCAGUUCUACAAUCUGUUGGAGUUGUUCAAAAGGGGUGACGACUGUCCGGACACUAACUACCUGUUUAUGGGAGACUUUGUCGACCGGGGCUACCAUUCGGUUCAAACAUUUCUACUAUUAUUAGCGCUUAAGGUUCGAUAUCCCGAUAGGAUUACUCUGAUUAGAGGUAACCACGAGUCCCGACAAAUAACACAAAUCUACGGCUUUUAUGACGAGUGCCUCCAAAAGUACGGUUCGGCAACCGUUUGGAAAUAUUGUACCGAUAUUUUUGAUUAUCUGCCCAUUUCUGCCAUUAUUGACGGACAGAUAUUCUGUGUUCACGGCGGGCUGAGUCCAUCCAUUCAGACAUUGGAUCAAAUCCGGGCGAUUGACCGCAAACAAGAGGUGCCAAACAGCGGCCCAAUGUGUGACCUGUUGUGGUCAGACCCCGAAGACAUAGAGGGCUGGAAAGUGUCGCCCAGAGGUGCCGGUUAUGUGUUUGGUUCGGACACUGUCUCACUGUUUAACGCAACCAAUCAUUUAGACCUGAUUUGUAGGUCUCAUCAGUUAGUGCAGGAAGGCUUCAAAUAUGAUCACAAUAGGACUGUACUGACCGUAUGGUCGGCACCCAAUUACUGCUACCGAUGCGCCAAAUUCUGUGAAGAACUCAAUGGACAGAUUCGGUGA